UCUAACAACGCUGCUUUCCUUCCUCUGAAACAUUAUCUUCUCAGUGUAAAUGUAGAUAAGCAAUGCUAAGAUAAAUGGGUCAGUACCAAACUGCUACCAGAGCCAUUGUGUCAUCUGACUGCUGAACUGUGAGAGUAUUACAGCCUGUGCGGAUCUAGGCUCUACCAAUGGACGAACGGCUCCUCUCUGAAAAUCUCUGCUACUUCUUCUGGGACCUAAUUCAUAGCCAACAGGGUGGUGUCCAAGACAUAGAAAGCAUCUUUGAACCACCGCCACUCGCCCACCAUGUAGUGUUAGUGGGGUCCACUCUUAUCUGUGCAAUAGGUUUGAUUGGAAAUGCUCUGGUUAUCUAUGUUACUGGGUUUGUCAUGAAGAGCCAUAAGUGCAAAAUCUGGUUUCUGAACUUGGCCGUAGCGGAUCUCAUAUAUCUCCUGUGCAUGCCCCUUCAAAUUGCUGCUGACUUUACAGGGAACUGGAUCUUUGGGUUGGCUCUUUGUAAAACGUAUUAUUUUUUCUCCACGUGCAACAAAUACGCUAGUGUUUUCAUCAUUACCGCCCUCAACAUUGAGCGGGUCCUGUCUGUGGCUAAACCAAUAUGGCACCUGAGGUUCUUCUCGCGACGCAUUUGCUUCUGGAUCUGCUCAAUCAUUUGGUCAGUAACAGUGAUCUUUAGCUUUCCCAUAAUAUUUUUUAGCUCUAUUUCUACCGAUGAUGAUGGGAAGAGAGUUUGCAAGCAGUUUGGCUUCAGAAGCAGCCAAAUGGAUAUCGGUGAAGAUGAAGAUUAUGGGGCCUACGGAGAGAACACAACAGUCAUUUCUAUCACCAGCAAUGAAAAUGGGGGGUUCCCACAUAUCCGUGAGCAAUGUAAAUACAGUGACUGCUGCCUUAGUGCAAAAAUGAUUGAAAUAUGGAGUCACAUGAUCUUUGUAGCAAAAACUGUUAUGAUUCCAAUGCUCUUGUUUGGCUGCAUUAUUCCUCUGUGUAUUAUUGUGCUUUCCAAUGUCACUAUUGCCAUAAAGGUUAGCAAAUCCCAAACACUGAAGCCUCCGCGACUGUACAAAAUUGUAAUCACAGUUGUCCUGGUUUAUUUCCUAACCUGGAUUCCAGGUGUCAUAGGGUUGAAUUUGGCUAUCAAUGCUAUUUUUACCAUGGACUACUCUCUGCUGGCUAAAAUAAGCGUGUAUUUACCUCUGCUGGGAAUGAUAGCUGACAUCAGUAGCUGCCUCAACCCUCUAAUCUAUGUGUUGGUUGGCCAAAGAGUACGAAACCUGCUCACGUGUUUCAAGAGGAAGAAGACAAGAGAGGACAUUAAGUUGAGUUCUCAUUCUGAACCUACACAGAUGAUUUUCAUGAAGAUGAUUUAGCUCUACCAAUGCUACAGUAUAUAAGAUUUAGGUCCUACCUAAUUAUAAGCAACAGUGCCGAAACUAACUCCAUACCUUUUAGGAUCAAAGACUAAGCACUAUGUGUCUAAAUAGGGACAAAUGGAAGAUGUACUGCUUCUCCCUUAAAACUAUACAUGGCUAAACAAAAUAUUCUUUUCUUUGCAUUAUACAACUCAAAGGCCUAUAGCACAGAGUGUUUUUUGUCCAUCACUGACAUCUGGUGGAGAACAGUGGAACACAAAAUGUCCCUCUCCACCUGUCAUCGCUCAUUACUAUUGAAUGUUACAGAGCUCCAUCUCUGUCCGUUAUUCUGUUCAUUUCUACAGAAUUCAGGGUAAUCACAGGUGGAAAGAGGCAUUUUGCCAACUUCAGUUCCCCACAACCCAGACAUUUUACAUCUGCUGGCAGCUUUCCUAUGACUGUUCUAGAGAACCAUUAGGUGCUUUCUACUGUAGGAUGCCAACCAAUAACCAUUUCAUGAGUGGCUAUCCAAUCGCCUGCUGGGCCUGACAUAGGAACACAGCAGUUCUUUCCUUGUAUAAGUGGUUAUCUGAGACAGGAGAUGAUCUCUGGGUUCUCCUCCAAAGAUGUGUUUCAUAAAUAAUUUAUUAGGGCCUUCCUGAUAAGAGUAAUUACAAAUUAAUGAAAAAUAUAAGUCUUUUUUAGUGGUGAAUACUUUGUUUCUCUGUACUAAGCACAAGGCACCAGCAAAUCUGUGGACAUUUAAUAUAAUCAUCAAUAAAGGCUCCUCCAUGCAGGGCCCUCUGUACUGUUCUUGCAUAGAUGAAGUUGCCUGGCUAUUGGCUUCAUUUUCCAGUGGUUGAUGGUCUGUUGGUUUAUAUGGAUUAAAUAUGCCUUACUUGCUUUUUGAUUCAUUUACAUUAUUAGUGCAAGAUUGGCAUAUAGGAUUUAUUUAACCACGAGAUAGUUCUUUAUCUGUAUAUUAAUAAUAAAAAAAUUGAUAGUCGCUUAUUAAAUGUUAUAACCUUUGAAAGAUUUCCAGACUAUCAUUAUGUUAUUGUUCUGUACUGUCCCAAUAAAGGAUUCUUC